AUGGCCUCGCAGAACGAGAAGGCGACUCCGACGGGCGACGUCCCCGAGAUGUCGAGGACCGGCUCAAAGGGCUCCUGGGACGAGAAGGCGGAGUCGGUGCUAGUGACCGCUGAAAUGGAGAAUGACCUCCAGAUGCUGGACUCUGACUACGACGAGGAAGUCGCAGCUGUCGCGUCUCAGAUGACCGAGGAAGAACUCCAGUCUAUGAUCGAAAUGAUUGUGGAGGAGCACGGGCAAGACCCUAAUUUCCCAGCAGCCGUGAUUGAGAAGGCUACCCGUUAUCUCCGGGACUCUACCCUGAAGGCGGACCCUACGGAGUAUGCCAAAGUUCACGAAGAGCUUAGGCUUCAGGCUGCUCUGAUGUACACGAACUCCGCGUAUCCGGAAGUCCGCGCUGUGGUUGAUAACCAUGACGACCCUUCUAUGCCAGUCGCUACUUUCAGGGCAUGGUUUAUUGGGAUGAUAUUUGUGGCGAUAGAAGCGUUCAUCAAUCAGUUCUUCUACCUUCGUCAACCGGGUAUCCAGAUCACCUACAAUGUCGUACAAGUGUUGGCAUUCCCUGCUGGAAAAUUGCUCGAGGCUAUACUGCCGACAUGGAAAUUCAACACAUUCGGUUAUACAUGGACUCUGAACCCCGGUCACUUCAAUCUGAAAGAACAUAUGUUGAUUACGAUCAUGGCUAACGUUGGUUAUUCGACGCCUUAUACCAAUGACAUUGUCAUCGUACAACACAUCGACCGAUUCUUCAACCAGGCUUGGGCGUCUAACUUCGGCUACCAGUUCCUUGUGGGAAUCUCGACUAACCUCAUCGGCUACGGGCUCGCUGGCCUUACCAGACGCUUCCUGGUGUACCCUUCAUACGCCAUCUGGCCGCAGAACCUCGCUACUAUUGCGCUCAGCAAAGCAUUCCACGCUGGCAAGAACGAGACCGCUAAUGGGUGGAGAAUAUCCAGGAUGCGGUAUUUCCUGAUCUGCUUCUGCGGAAUGUUCGUCUACUUCUGGUUCCCGAACUACAUCUUCCAAGCCUUGUCCUACUUCAAUUGGAUCACCUGGAUCGCACCUGACAACAUCACUCUGGCUGCUGUGACCGGUAGCGUCACGGGCCUUGGGUUGAAUCCUCUUCCGACAUUUGACUGGAACCAAGUGGUCGUUGUCGCGGAUCCACUCAUCAACCCGUUCUUUACCAUGGCCAACAUAUUCCUCGGUGCCGUCGUAACCUUACCGAUUAUCCUGGGACUCUGGUUUGGCAACGUGUGGUACACGGCCUACUUGCCAAUCAACUCGAACGGUGUUUUCGAUAACACGGGUGCCCGUUACAACGUCUCCCUUGCUGUCAACUCCGAGGCAUUGUUCGAUGAGGCAAGCUACGAGGCCUAUUCUCCUGCUUACCUUGCGACUGGGAAUCUGCUGCUCUAUGGUGCCUUCUUCGCCCUUUACACUGCUUCUCUGUCGCAUGCCUUCUUGUACCACCGCCGUGAGAUUAGUAUGGGAUUCCGCAAGCUAAUCAAGGGUACAUCCCAUGUCUCGGCCACCGAUCGGGAUGUGCACACACGCCUCAUGUCGGUCUACAAGGAAGUUCCGGAAUGGUGGUAUUUCUCUGUCCUCUGCGUUGCUAUCGGCCUUGGAGCUGCCGGACUGGGAGCGUAUCCCACCAGCACUACUCCCGCCGUUGUGCUAUACGGCGUUUUCCUUGCUCUCAUCUUCUGUGUUCCUUUUGGAAUAAUUAUGUCCAUCACAAACGUGCAGCUGACCUUGAAUGUGCUUGCCGAAUUCCUCGGAGGUCUCUGGUUUAGUGGUAAUGCUACUGCUGUGAACUAUUUCAAGGGUUAUGGCUACGUCACGACCGCGCACACACUGUCCUUCGCACAGGACCUCAAGCUCGCUCACUACGUGCACAUUGCUCCACGUGUGACAUUCAUGGCGCAGCUCUUCGCAACUGUCGUAUCUACACUUGUCUGUGUUGGAAUCCUUAAUUUCCAGAUGACUCAGAUCCCCGAAGUCUGCUCACCCACCCAGCCCGACCACUUCACCUGUCCCGGCACUAACACGUUCUUUACGGCGGCAGUGCUGUGGGGUACGCUUGGCCCUCGACGUAUGUUUGGUGCCGGAGCGAUCUACAACGGCCUGUUGUGGUGCUUCCUGAUUGGAGCUGUCCUACCAUUCCCUUUCUAUUUCCUUGGAAAGAAGUACAAGACCUUCGAGCGCUUCCAUGUACCCGUCUUCCUAUACGGUGCCCUGCUGUGGGCCCCGUACUCCCUUGCAAACAUCUGGUCAGCUAUGCCCAUUGCUUACUUCUUCAAUGUGUUCGUCAAGAAGAGGUACCUGGCUUGGUGGAGUAAAUAUAACUACCUCACUACCACAUCAUUCACGUCCGCCAUUGCUUUGUCGGCCAUUGUUAUGUUCUUCGCAUUGCAGUGGCCUGGCGUUGUGAUCAGCUGGUCUGGAAAUGACCGGCCGUUCGCUGGGUGCGACGGUAACGCAUGCCCUUUGCUGCCUAUUCCAGAUCAAGGGUACUUUGGACCGGGGCCUGGUCAGUUCCACUGA